UAGUAUUUGCAAAAUCAUUGCGCAUACAGAACGGUGGGUUCUUACAUAUACUUAAGAAUAAAAGGAAUCUCUGUGAUAAAGCGAGUGAAAUUGUUGAAGUCGAUUUUCAACAUCGAACAGUUUGAAAAAAUUCUUCGUUGAGGAUAGAUCGCUAUUUUUUAGUAGAAGUAAAGAAAAAUCGAACGAGAUAUUUGACAUCGAACCUUAGUAAACUUAAAACUAUAUAAAUUUCUUGUAUCGAAACAAGCAACAGUAAAUCGAUCAAAAUGUUUAAAAGCCAUUUGGAAAUGAUUGGUCGCAAUGAGACCCCCAGCAAGAAGGCGAAAUUCUGGCAAUCUUACAUCAGAUCCUUGAAGGGAUCCGAAGAUAUCCGGGCUCAUGAGACUCCACGCGUCAGCCGU